CAUGCUCGGGCCUGGGAUGCCGACUUUGUUCUUGACUUAGUUGUUUUGCUCGCCAGACUGCGUAAUGAGGGGAUGGUGACAAAUCAGGAACAAGAUGUCUACGCUGCCAGCGAUCUGGUCGCGAGUGCGUACCCGCCCCGGGCAAAUCUGAGGAAGUCUCCUUUCGGCAUGGCCAGAAUCCGUCUCUACGGGGCAAGGGCCCCCGAGGCGACCCCAGGGCGUGAAGAUGAAAAAAUUCAUAUCAGCUCACCCUUGCCAGAUUCUUUCAAAGAUGAAACCGACCAGACCGCAUCAGAGUAUCAUGUCGUAUCGGCUACAAGCCUCAAAUCUCUCUCCAGGUCACCGUCGGAAGCUCGUUCGACAGCCUCGUCGACCAUGGACCCUUCUCUAACUAGCUCAAGCACCAAACUCCCACUUUAUGUCGCAGACGCUCAGACCGGGACCCGGUCUAACUCGGCAAACUCACCUCAAUCAUCUAGCACCACACCGGGCCAGCCUCGCCUCGCGAGCGCAACUGAAGCUUAUCUCCUCCGACAUUUUCAAAUCCACAUAGCACCCUGGCUUGACGCGGGCGAUCCCGAACGACACUUUUGUGCAGAUGUCGCGGGACGAGCCAGUUCGUCCCCUCUACUGUUAUACGCCUGCCUGGCCGUAUCAGCAUGCCAUCUUUCCAGAACGACAAACACCAUCCCUCCUGACGUUGCAGAUAGUUAUCAUGAGCGCUGCGUCUCAAUCAUGCUCCCGGUGCUCGACAGGCCCGAGUUCGAAAUCGGCAUCGACAUCCUCCUAAGCUCCACCGUCAUUCUCCGCUUUUUCGAACAGAUCUCCUCCCACACUCCCUCCAACGACCCACAGCGCCAUCUCCUCGCCGGCUCCGUAUACAUCAGUUCGCACGUGGACUGCGCUAUAUCUAGUGGCCUCGCAUCGGCAUCAUUCUGGGUCUUUGUCAUCCAAGACAUCCAAUUCGCACUUACGUACCAGAAAUGUCUUCGGCUGACUUUCGCGCCAUUUGACGACCGACUCCGCCAUUGGUGGGUCGCCAAGCCGUGCACCGAGCGCGACUGGGUCAAUCGCGCUAUCUGGCUUCUCGCUGAGACUGUGGAAUUCUGCUACAAUGUUUCUGGUCGGUAUGGUCCGGACAUUGGUGCAAGGGAGAAUGCACUGAAGCAAAGAAUCGUGGAAUGGGAGGCGACGAGGCCAGAGACUUUUACGCCGUUGCAUGUUUCGCCGCCUGAGCCUCGAAGAGGGAAGCCGUUUCCUGUAGUUUGGUAUACUACUCUAUGGCAUUCUACGGCUAUGCAGAACAUUUGCCUUGCGAAGGCGUUAUUGCUGAUUCGCGAGUUCGAAGUAUACGAUCGGAGAUUAAUGGCCGCGGAGCAUCAUAUGAGUGUCAAGGAGCGGAUUACAGAUAAUUUGAAUUAUCUAUGGGGCAUUGCACUUUCGGCAGAUGAUGAACCAUCUUUACGCAUUAUGGCUUGUCAUGCAUUAUGUGCUUGUAGCUCGUGGGUGGAUGAUCCCCAGGCACAAAACUUACUUUUCGACCUCCUUCGCCGCACAGAACGAGAUAAUGGAUGGCCGUGGGCUUAUGUAGAGCAACGGAUUUUGCAAACGUGGCAGAGAAGUCCCAGGUGA